AUGUCCAGCACGCAUAAGCUACCAUCUAGCCCGCAUGAAUGGCAAGAUCUCGCUAAGAGGAAUGGCUUGGUCGGUUCAACGAUUCACACAGCUCGUCCAAGUUCAGCCUCAACGAUUGAAGAAGAUCAAUAUCUAUUGUUCCGCGUCUUGUGGAAAAUCCAUCCUAUCCAACAGUUUGACUGGAAGCGGUUUGACUUGAAUAGGUGGGAAGCUAAAGCAAAUGAACAUCUUGCAAACUAUUCAUCUUGGAAAACUUAUUGUGACGGCUUUGCCCGGGACACCAUUUCGGAAUCAACAUUUGCAUUGGCUCAUUACUUCCAGCUUCAGGCCGCAGACACUUGGGACGAAACAUGGGCACCUAAUGUUGCAGUCACUCCUAUUGCACGUCGAACUCGCAGCAAGACGACAGUCUUGGAAAGACAGCUGAGUCGCACGCACCUCGAAACGCCGACAAAGUCUACUGGAAUCCUUCUUGACGACUCUGACUCGGAAGAAGAACUUGAUGAUACCGAGAGCCCACUUGCGUCAGCAAAUCCUGGACCCGAGGAAAUCCAAAAUCUGAUAUAUCGACAGACAAAGGAUGAACAGAUCGUGAAUACAGCGCUCGUUAAUUUCUUGAGUGCACUUACGCUUCACGCUCGGUUAGCUAAUCACUGGACCUUGCAUCGAAAAUCAUUUAAGGCUCAUUUCACACAUGCUUCCUUCGAAGCUCGCACAGACGGAUACCUCGAAGACACAAAACCUGAUGGAAAGGUCCGGGCACUUAUCGAAGUCAAGGCAGUUCCUAGGGAGAGGAAAAGAAAAAUGAUUUGGAUGCAGGAAGCGGCUCAAAUGGUGGCAUGGAUUCUCUAUCACCCAGAUCGAGGUGGGUGUCUAAAUCUUCCUAGACGACGCAUCCACGUGUCCCAAGACCGUCACCAAAUAUAUAUUGUAAUAGCCGAGUACGGAGAUAAUUAUAUAGACUAUUUGGAAAAAGGAUAUUUAUCCGAUGCAUACAUGGUUAUGCACGAAUUUGGCCCCUGGGAUUCAAAUGAGUGGAAACAUAUGAAAAAUAUUUCUGUGAUAUUAGUUGCCUUUGUUCUACGGGCUGUCUCUGACUGUGAAGCUGAGGAACGGAUGCCAAAAUAA